CCCCUAAUGCCGGCGAAGCAGGGGUGUGAGGGGAAUCCCUCCUCCCGGCCCUGCCUCCGCGUACGCGCCGUCUCUCGGCGUGGGUGCCUCCAUCAGCUCCGCCGGCAGUUCCCCUCCUCCUCCCCACACACCCACGCACUCUUGCCCGUCCCUCCUCCCCGGCACUCCGCAGCACAGUGCUUUUGCAGCAGCUUCAGAGACGGAAGGUGGUUCAGGUUUGGGGGGUUUACCUGCUGCUUUGGGGUGUUAGUUGUUUAGGUUUGUUUGGGUUUUUUUCCCCUACUCUUUCUUUCUUUUCUCUGGAGCGGACCCUUUCGAAGGAGCACCAGCCACGGACACGCCGGGGCCAGGCUGCAGGAUGGCCGGAGGGCGCUUUCCGGGGCUGCUCUUUCUUUUGCACGCCGUGGCUCGCCUGGCUGCCGAACAAGAAGUUGAAAAUCUUUCCGGGCUCUCCCCUAACCCUGAAAAGGACAUUUUUGUGGUGCGAGAAAACCGGACGACGUGUCUCAUGGCGGAGUUUGCCGCCAAGUUCAUCGUCCCCUACGACGUGUGGGCAAGCAACUACGUGGAUCUGCUGACGGAACAAGCUGAUAUCCCGCUGGCGCGGGGCGCCGAGAUGAAGGGCAAGUGCGGCACCAACGAGUCGGAGCUGGAGAUCUCUUGGCUGGAGCAAGCCUACACUCUCAAACUCUCCUUCCUGAAGGAGGGACACAACACGUCCCGGGGUCCGGAGGCUUUCUGGCGACUCAGCCGAAUCCAGUUCACCUACGACACCUCCGAGCGCACCUACUUCAAGGACGCUGUCAGCCCCGGGAAGCACACAGCCAGCUCACACCGGCUCUCUGCCCUGGUCACCCCAGCUGGAAAAUCCUAUGAGUGCCAGGCGCAGCAAACCAUCUCCCUCAUCUCCAGCGACCACCAGAAGUCUGUUCAGCUCUUGCUGUCAGAAGUUCGCAUCCAACCCUUUGAUAUCACCGCGGAUUUUGUUUUCGGUGAAGAACACAAGUGCCCAGUGGACCAGAGGGAGCAGUUAGAAGAAACCUUGCCUCUGAUUUUGGGCCUGAUACUGGGGCUGGUUAUCGUGAUAACCCUCUGCGUUUACCAUAUCCACCACAAGCUGACAGCCAACCAAGUGCAAAUUCCUCGGGACAGAUCUCAGUACAAACACAUGGGAUAGGGGACAGGAUCGAGCAGCCCAAACAUUUACCAGGUAGAAAAAGCAAAAGCACUUUUUUUCUAAAGGUAAGGAAAGGUUUGGGGUGGGGCAAGAGAUGGUAUUCACAGCACCUAACCUUGGGUAUUUCAUAGAGACAUGCAAGUUAGGCUUCAGUGUAGGUAAUAGAGAGACAGAGCUGUCUCUGUAAGGAGGCUCUCAGAGCGUCUGAUUUGAGGACUGCCUUUGGCGAUAGGUGGUGUGAAUACCUUCUUAAGCUGCUGCACUGAUCAUCUGGAAAUGGAAAUGCUUCACAUGUCAAAGUUUAACCCGGGGGGCAAAAUUAGCUCGUUUGUUUGUUUGUUGUUUUCUUUUCUUCCCCUCUCAAGUGACUCUUCCCCAUGUGCUGCUCCUGGCAGCAUUCAGCGCUCUCCAUUCUGUCCCAUUCAGGGAUCAGGGCUGGGGGACAGAGCCAUUGCAUGUAAGGCCCCCAGUGAAGGGACUCAAACCGCAUUCCUGACGUUUGCGCUCAUGCUAAGGGAAGGAUAAAGGCACUGCAGGUGUGGUUUGGGAGGGGUGGGGAGAAGAAGGGUAGAACCUCAACGUGGUAUAAACUGGAGUAACAGUUGAGACUGAAGAAAAUUUGGUUUUGCUUCUUGAGCCACAUCUGAACUUAACUUUAAAAAGUGAGGGGGAAAAAAAGAGUAUUGUUGCAGAGAUUCUGAAGUGCCAUGCUAUUGCAAGUCAACUGAGAAAUGCUUCUGGCUGGACAUCUUGCACAUAUUGUGGUUGUCGUUGAGAUGUUACAUUGCUACCUGCAGCUGAUGUUUUCACAAUGGAACAAAAAAAACACCCAGAAAUGUUGAAGUUACUAUGCAGAUUAUUCAGGUAUAAUCUAAUGUAACAGAAACAAAUAGAAGGGAACCUUCAAAAUCUGUCCUUAAAUGUAGACAAUUUUUAAGAUUAAUUAAAACAUCCAUAUAUAGUA